AUGUUAAUGACAAAACUGACAGAGAAAGUACAAAAUGCAAAGAUGAAGAACGUGUUAUUAAAACAAACAAGAAUGUGGCAGCACAAGGCAAAGAUAAAUAUGGAAACCGAAAGAGUGUCCACAGUAAUCAGAAUUCUAAAACAGAAAAGAGUGAAAGCUGACAUCAGAAAAGAACACUGGAAUCAUUCGGAAGUAGUAAGUCCGAUAAAGCACAGACAAAGGGUUGUACAGAGAAUAGUAAGGAGAAAAGAUGAUAAGAAUACUGAAAAGAAAAACUACACUAAUGAGAAUAAGAAAAGGCAGGAGGAUCAAGAGAAUAGGGAAGGAGAAAAUUCACAGAGGAAAGAUAAAAGUAAUAAGUGUAAUGGGACAAACAGUGAAAGAAAAAUUACGAAAGUGCUGCCAGACAAACAAAAGGAAAGAAAUACCGAGAUAAAAACGGAAGUGAAACGUACAGCAAAAGAUUCGAAGGAAGAAAAGAAAAGUCAAACAAGUGCUGAGAUAGGUAAUACUGUAAGUGCAACAUCGAUGGUUAAAAAGAAAGAUGAACAAAAAGAGAGAAGUAAAAGUGAAUUAAAUAGAGAAAGAGAAGUUACAGUAAAACUUGUGAGUAAUGUCCCUGCAAGUGAAGCUGAUAGUAGUGAAAUUGGUACAAAGUGCAAAAGCAAUGAAGGGAUAAGUGACUCAGGUUUGGGAGAAAAGACACAAGAUGAGAAACAUAAUGAUAGUGAAUGUGGCCAGAAUGAUAAAGGAAAAGUGAGAAAUGAAAAGUCAGAGUCAAAUAUAACUAAAGAGUGUAGUGUGCGCAUUGAAAAGAUAAAGCUCAAUGCUAUCAGUUUUAACAAAGAGAAGUUGUUUGAGAAACAGAAUGUAAGUGAUCCAGAAGAUAAUCCUAAGAGCAAUUCAGUGAAAGUUGUAAAUGAAAAAGGUGACGCUUCAGAAGAAAAAGAAAUAGCGAGUGAUACUAAGGAGUCCCAUGAAAAUGACAUUGAUAAUCAAAAUGAAAGUGGAGUUACUAAUGAUACAGACCGAUGA